AUGAUAACAGUAAAAUAUGAACAAAGUUUGGAGAUGGAAGAAUCUCUGGGAAGUGAACAGAUCAAGGAGCCUACUAUUACGAUUGAUGAUGGUGCUGAUGAAGAUAAUGAUCCAGACUUCUGGGCUUACAAGAUUAAGAAAAUAAUCUCUCCUUUUGUGAUGUCUUUUGGGUUCAGACUCUUUGGUGUAACGCUUAUUUUUGUGGACCUUGCACUUGUGAUUAUAUCUCUACUGAUUGGUGUCAGAUAUCGCUCUCUUGAACGCAUGAUUGGAAACAUCUCUCUGGUUAUUGCACUCUUCUUCCUCCUUGAUGUAAUCCUGCGAGUGUUCGUUGAAGGCUUCAGAAACUACUUCAAGUCCAACCUCAAUAUUCUAGAUUGUAUCAUUGUUACGGGCACACUGUCAAUCAAUAUUGUGUAUACCUUCUCUGACUUGAGUGGAGUAAGCCAAAUUCCAAGAACCGUUACUAUCUUUCGGAUCCUGAGGGUUAUAAUUCUGAUAAGAGUAUUUCGACUGGCUUCUGAGAAGAAACGACUUGAAAAAGUGACACGGAGGAUGGUCUCGGAAAAUAAAAGACGCUAUAUGAAAGAUGGCUUUGAUUUGGACCUCACUUAUGUCACUGCUCGUGUUAUAGCAAUGUCGUUUCCAUCUUCUGGGAAGCAGGCUUUCUACAGAAAUCCUAUACAGGAAGUUGCAAUGUUUUUGGAUACAAAACAUGAAGGCCAUUACAAAGUCUACAACCUUUGCAGUGAACAGGGCUAUGACCCAAAAAUUUUCCAUUACAGAGUGGAGCGGAUAUUUAUUGAUGACCAUAAUGUUCCUACUUUAGAGGAGAUGCUCAAAUUUACUGCUAGUGUGCGAGAAUGGAUGAAACAGGAUGACAACAAUGUCAUAGCAAUACACUGCAAAGGAGGGAAGGGUCGGACUGGAAUGAUGGUUUGUGUCUGGCUUAUUGACAGCAACCAGUUUGAGAGUGCAAAGGAAAGCUUGGCGUAUUUUGGUGAAAGGAGAACUGAUAAAAGCACAAGCUCCAAGUUUCAAGGUGUUGAGACACCAUCCCAGAGUCGAUAUGUCGAAUAUUAUGAAACCUUGAAAAUCAAGUAUGGCCUGAAGCUCCCACCAGUAAGACCACUUAGAAUCAAGUGCAUAAAGCUCUCUGCUAUUCAUGGAAUUGGGAAAGGCAGUGGGAGUGAUUUGAGAGUGAAAAUAAUAAUGGAAAAGAAAGUAGUAUUUCACUGUGUUUGUGCAACCCAAGAGAACUGCAAGUUGUUCUUUGAUGGCGAAAAUGACUGGGUAGUAAUUGGUUUGGAAAGCUGUCCUGUCAUUAGCAAUGAUGUGAAAGUCAGAUUUGAAUCUUCUUCUAAUAUUCCAAAAGGCUACGAUGACUGUGCUUUCUUCUUUUGGUUCCACACUGCCUUCAUAGAGGAUAAUAGACUUUAUAUUCCUAGAAACGAAGUCGACAACCUAAACAAGCCAAAGAUGUGGAAAAUGUUUGGAGAAACAUUUGCUGUGGAGCUGAACUUCACUGAGCCAUAGC